CAUAUGUGAGCCGAGCGGCGGCGUUAGUGUUCUCUGUUUCCGGUCUUUCCGGAGUCUGUCUCCUCUCUGUGUCGCUCGAAAACGACCUAGCGGAGAUGAAGGGGAAGAACCUCCCGAUCGUUGCGUUCGAGCACAAGAGGGACGCAUAUGGGUUUGCAGUGCGGCCUCAAAACGUGCAGAGGUACCGAGAGUAUGCUAAUAUUUACAAGGAGGAAGAAGAAGAGAGAGUGGAGCGGUGGAAGGACUUCCUUGAUCGGGUGGUUAAGUCUGACGGCACUCCCACCGAUGACAAGCCCACAGAGGAAAACAGCGUUCUGCUGCAUUUGGAUGCUUCCAGAGUCUCGGAGAAGGACAGCGAUCCUGACGAGCCUAGCGAGUGUUAUGACACAGAGGAAGUUGGAUCACAGAAGGAGACGACACAGAAGGAGAGAAGAGUUCAUCGGGUCCAAAUUUGGCCCCAGACCAGGCCUUCCCUUACUGUCAUUGAGCAGAUGAUGAGUCUGCGAGUAAAGAAGAAAAACUUCCUGGAAGGUGGUGAAGAAGGCAUCAAAGGAAGUAGGAAAAACCUUGCUCCUAUAAAAGAGUCAAAAGCCACAGAAGACUCCGACGAUGAAUUUUAUGAUGUGGAGAGAUCAGAUCCAGUCCAGGAGUUACCUUCUGGAGAUGGUGUCACGGUUGGUAUGGCUGGUCAAGGAGUACCUGAGGAUAGUGACUUCCCUUGGAAGGAGGAAUUGGAGUGCUUGGUCCAUGGGGGGCUCCCUAUGGCUCUCAGAGGAGAGCUUUGGCAAGCAUUUGUCGGUGUUGGAGCUCGCAGGUUGGAUGGAUAUUAUAGUAGCUUGUUAGAUCAAGAAUCUAAGGCUGAUGGAAAAGAAGUUGAUGCUCUGCUUAUAGAAGGUGAUGCUGUGCUUAAGGAUGACACUGAAAGCAAACCAACACUACCCCAAGGAAUUGAAAAAUGGAAGGGACAGAUUGAGAAGGAUUUACCCAGAACAUUCCCUGGUCAUCCUGCUCUAGACGACGAUGGGAGAAAUGCUCUGAGGCGGUUGCUCACGGCAUAUGCUCUGCAUAAUCCGUCUGUUGGUUAUUGUCAGGUGAUGAAUUUCUUUGCUGGAUUACUGCUUCUGCUGAUGCCUGAGGAAAAUGCAUUUUGGACUUUAACUGGCAUCAUUGAUGACUAUUUUGAUGGUUACUACUCUGAGGAGAUGAUUGAAUCCCAGGUGGACCAACUUGCUUUGGAGGAUUUAGUACGUGAAAGAUUUCCAAAAUUAGUGAAUCAUCUAGAUUAUCUCGGAGUGCAGGUGGCAUGGAUCACAGGACCGUGGUUCCUUUCCAUUUUCAUGAAUAUGCUUCCCUGGGAAAGUGUUCUUCGUGUUUGGGAUGUGCUUUUGUUUGAUGGGAACCGGGAGAUGCUUUUCCGAACAGCACUUGCUUUGUUGGAGUUAUAUGGUCCUGCAAUUGUAACAACCAAGGAUGCAGGGGAUGCAAUCACAUUGGUGCAGUCUCUUGCUGGUUCGACUUUCGACAGUAGCCAACUUGUUUUGACAGCUUGUGUAGGAUAUCAAACUGUAAAUGAGAUGAGACUACAAGAAUUAAGGAACAAACAUCGACCAUCUGUGCUUGCUGCCAUGGAGGAAAGGUCCAAAGGAAUGCAUGUUUGGAGUGACUCUAAAGGUCUUGCGACUAAGCUGUAUAGUUUCAACCGUGACAAUGGACUCCUAGUUUCAGAGUCAAAAUCAGAAGAAAAUGCUGGUGACACGAAAGCUAUUGGCGAAGUGCACUUCAUAGAUUCCGAUUUCACUAAUUUUGAUGGUAGUACUCUGACAUUUGAUGCAGAGCUGGAUUCUUUACCUGAUCUUCAAGAGCAGGCCACAUGGUUAAGGGUGGAGCUAUGUAGAUUGCUAGAGGAGAAAAGAUCUGCUACCCUCAGAGCCGAGGAGUUGGAGACAGCAUUGAUGGAGAUGGUGAAGCAGGAUAAUAGGCGCCUAUUGAGUGCAAAGGUUGAGCAGCUGGAGCAAGAGGUAAUUGAGUUGCGGCAGGCUUUAGAAGACAAGCAAGAACAAGAGCGUGCCAUGCUUGAGGUACUGAUGCGAGUUGAACAAGAACAAAAGGUCACGGAAGAUGCUCGCCAUUUUGCUGAGCAAGAUGUUGUUGCUCAGCGACAUGCUGUGCAUGUCCUCCAGGAAAAAUAUGAAGAAGCCAUGUUCUUAUUUGCACAAAUGGAGAAGAGGGCAGUAAUGGCAGAGACGAUGUUGGAGGCUACAUUGCAAUACGAGUCUAGCCAGCUCAAAGCACUUAGCUCCCCAAGGACACCAACUGCAGAUUCCUCGUCCGUGCGAACAAGUCAGGACUCAUUUCAGGAUGUCCCUGCCAGGAAAAUAAACUUGCUUUCUAGGCCAUUUGUACUUGGUUGGCGUGAUAAGAACAAGGUGUUUACCUAUAACUUUUUUUUUGGGGUCUAGAUUCUCUUUAUUGUA